GUCAAGUUGAACUAUUUGCUAUCGGGAGGGUGUUUUGUGUUGAAAGUUCGGAAGUUUACUUUGCUGUAUUUCGCUAUUUGGUAUGCAUUUGUUAAACUCUGUAAUUUCCAGAAGCGCUUUAGAGUUAGCGAUUGUUCAUUGACAGCCACACUCACGGAACGUUUUUGCAAGGGAGUCGCUGAUGUUGGAACGCCCGCAUGUGUAAUGCAUGAACGAUUGAUUGCAGAAGGACGAACCAGAAAUUUUAUGGCGAAACCGAUAUUUCGAUGAUGCAACAGAGUCGACACCUAAAAAAUGGCUAGUAAUAACCGACCGUCUUCUCACUCAAGCAACGGCUAUCAGUCGACUCAGCACAGUCCAAUGCCAUCAUCUCAUACCCCCGGACAUGAAAUGCGCAUACAAAUUGAAGACAAUGAAAUGCAAUUACCAACAAAUCUGCGUCCAGUGUCUGCAUCAGAAUUCUAUUCGAUUCGCAAUGCAACAGGAGCCGUUCAACAGAACAUUUCGUCGAUCUUAAAUCAGGCACGCAAUGAGAUAGAACGACGAACCAGCCAAACUAGAAUGUGGGGAUUACAGAUUGAUGCGAUGCUUCAGGGGGUCCAACGUCCGCCGCUCAUUCCCCAUCCGCUCGCAGCGAUACCAAAUAACGACAUCAACCGAACCGAAGCAGUUUCGACAAGAAUAUUGCCUCCGGAUCCGACAAAUCGAAUCCACAUACUGCACGGCAACGCUAAUCAUUCCAAUAGUAAUUUAGAGGGUGUGACUGUCAGGAUAAGUUUGAAUAGUGACGAAAAUGCUGCUCCUCCAACUACGAUAAGUGCGGGGACCAGUGGUAGUACUAGUAGUAUUAGUAACUCUGCGAGUCGAGCGGAAACCUCGACAUCAUCAGGAGGUAAUUCAUCACCGCUACGAUCCAGAUCAGAGCAUCCGUUUUUGGAUCGAGUUGCAGCGCUCACUCGAGACGAUCCACCUGACUUGGUUGGGAGGCCAGGUCGCCCUGAUUUGGAUGGAGUUCUUGCAGAAAUGCUGGCACCGUAUCCCCUGUUCCGUCGAUUUAUCAAAGCUGCCACACGGUACAUUCCUUUCAUUUUAUUCCUACUGGUAAAAUCCGUGUUUGAUCACUUCGAAGCCGUCACCGACGUGGUGACUCUCUUCAGUAUAUUCUAUUUCAUGGACUCUUCGUUGCAAAAACAAGUCGCUCGGCAAGCACAAUCGAAAAAAUGGAUCUGCCUGCGCGAUAUAGGGAUUAUGAUGCUGUGUUUGUUAUAUUGGAUCAAGGAGCGCAAGGACUAUUACAAUUUGCUGUUGAUUAAGAAUGUUAAAUGGACAAUUUCGUUUUCGACGCUGUUUUAUUCAGUCUGCAUUACGGAUGGCAUUCUGAAAAUAAUUACAGUUCUGAUCAAGAACGUAAUCGCUGCGCUACCAUCGAGGAUUCUACCUUACAGUAGGCGGGGACGGUUCUAUAUUCUGAUUGAGUCGGCUUCCCAGCUGUAUCGAUAUUUGGCUCCAGUGGAGCUGUGGGUCGUAUAUUUGACGGCAAGACAUUCAGUUGCAGUUCAGAUACUAUGCGGAAUGACUUACUUCUUCCUGAAAUCAAUAUUCCUUUUGCACCAUUUGGAGUUCUUGAAAAACGCUAUUGUUAUGUUUCCGCGAAAAGUCAAAUAUGGAUCGAUACCGACAAAGGAAGAUAUUGAAAAAACUGGGGAUCAAUGCGCAAUUUGCCACGAUACAUACACCACUCCCGUUCUAUUAAAAUGCAAUCAUAUCUUCUGCGAGAAUUGCAUUGGGUCAUGGUUUCGAACUGAGACCACAUGUCCCAUGUGUCGAGCUAAAGUGGCCGAGGACAUGUCGUGGCUUGAUGGCCAGACAACACAGUUUAUUCAAAUAUUCUGAAAGGUUCGUGGCUACAAGAAGUUGAUGUAGGAAAUAAGAAGUAAAAUAAUUGUGAUCGUUUAGCAUUAUUUGAUGAAUAUUACUGGAUAUGAGAAAGGAGACGAGAAUUCUUAAUAGACUGGCAAAUACGCUUCAUAAUCUCAUCAAUUUGGAUUUUUCGUGCAAUGAGGUCAUUUACGUUUGCUGUGUUGGCGGUUGAAUUGGGAAUUAAAGGAAGGAGUUAAGAAAAUAGUUACAAAUUGAGCAGGGACAAAAGUUAACUUCAGUUUUAUUUGAUUUUACUUUCGGCAUUUAACCUGGUGCUUUUCUGGUAUUGCACCCUUCGACUAGACGUCUCAGCUCAAUGUGAACCCUAACUCGACCGACUUUGCGCACUCAAUUAAAGGAAAGAGGAUAAAUACGGCUUAGUUCCAAUUUAUUGCGCGAUUAAAGCAUGAAAUUAGUCCUUUCUCUAGGUUAAAGUUGAAUAGUGUAAUUCUGCAUAGUAUUGGUGUUGCAAAAGUGUGGACGGAUGUUAGUGGAUAUUUUCAGAAAUAUGAUUUGAAGGAAGUUCAUGGAGAAAUACGAGAUUAAUGUACAUUAAUGCAAUGUUUUUUUUUGUUGAACUAUUGAUGAAUAUAGCAUUUUUAAAUUAUGGAA